AUGGGUUACAUGGAAGUAGAGGAGUUAGUUUACAGCAUUGAUAAUAUUUUGCAUGGCCUGUGUGACGAUAGUGGAGCUAUGAAUAUGAUGGAAGUAGGUAGAUGUUUGGGGAAAGUGCACUUAUUUGUCAUUCAUAAAGUUAGUGAACCAGAGGUUGUGGAAAUUGAGAAUGAGAAAGAGAAUGACAUCCUUUACCUUUGCCAAGGGCCUGCAGAGAGUGGUGGGGGUAAUGGGUCUGAGGCAGUUGAGGUGGACAAAGUUGGUGCAGUUGAUGUUGAUGAAGUUGGUGCAGUUGAGGUUCAUGAAGUGGGUGCAGUGGAGGUGGAGGUGGAGGCAGUGGAGGAAGUGGAGGUGGAAGGGGAGGCAACGGAGGAACUUGAGGUGGAGGUGGAGGCAGUGGAGGAAGUUGAGGUGGAGGCAGUGGGUGCAGUGGAGGCUGAGGAAAUGGGUGCAGUGGACGUUGAGGAGGAAGUAGAAAACAAUAGUGAGGAGGAAGUUGAAGUGGAUACUUGGGACUCUUUGGAUGAAGUAGAAAACAUUAGUGAGGUUAGUGGUGAAGAUCACAUGGUGGAAGAUAUUGGAAGGGGGUUGUCUGAUGAUGAUUCGGAGUCAGAACAGUUGUUAACUCCAGAAGGUAGUGAAGGUAGUGGUAGUGAGGAGGAUGACAAUGCUGCCAAACCAAGUCCAUGUCCGUUUCCUAAAUUUGGAAAGCAAAAGUCAAUGAAGAGAUUAUUAAAGGAAUCUAAGUUGUCUAGAUAUUGGAUUCCAAGCUGGUCUGCAAGGAGGAUUUUUGAGGUUAGGCAUGUGUCAGCUGUUGGGAACAAGUUCUCAGUGGACUUGGAUGCUCGUGAAUGUAGCUGCAGGCAGUGGAUGAUCAGUGGCAUCCCAUGUUGCCAUGCAGUAUCAGCCAUGCAGUUUAUAAAUUUACAACCAGAGACUUUUAUACCAAUUUGGUUCAUGAAAUCCACAUACGAGGAGACUUAUGCAUCCAUCAUUUAUCCUGUGAAUGGCCACCUCCUAUGGGAAAAAACAAGCUUCCCUGAUAUAAUGCCACCAGUAAAGAGGAAGAUGUCUGGGAGGCCAAAGAAGAAAAGAAGAUUGGAUCCAUGGGAGUUAACCAAGGAUGGAACCCAGAUGACUGUUGGUGGGCAUAGAAAGAAAUGUAGCAUCUGUCGUCAAUUGGGGCACAACAAAAAAAUAUGUCCUCUACGUCCACCCAUCAUAGAACCAACAGAACCAGCAAGUGACCAACCUCCUCAGCCACAAGAAGCACCAAGUGACCAACCUACCCAGCCACAAGAACCAGCAAGUGACCAACCAACUCAGCCUCCAGUACCAACACAAGAUUCCGUGACAGAACCAACUCCACCAAUACUAAGGAAAAAGUUAACAAUUAGAAGAAACGUUGCAUAGAUUGAACUCUCUUUCUUUAUUGAGAGUGUGUAGGACAGUAGUUAAGUUAUUAUGUAUGUUAUUUGAUGUUAGACAUUUUAUCUUUCAUAUUUGAAUUUGGACAUGUUAUGAAUUUGGUGAUACCAAUUAUGGCAGUAUCUUUCUUUUGAAUUUAAACAUGUUUGACUGG